GUUCAAUUUGCCAAACUCUGAGCCAAAAUUCAACAAUUUUCCAAAUAAGAUGCCUACAUUGGCCAACACCCCCGAAGGUAAUCGCGCAACCUUAUUUUUUGAACCACCACAAAGCUUAAAACCAGAAAUGGACAUGAACUCAAAAAUCUUCCUUUGCCGUGAUGCCACUGACAACCCAGCGUUCGUAUCCAAAAAAACCAUAUCCCAACUCAUACUCAAUCCAACGGCGGUUGGUAGUGAGUUUUCCACCUUGAAAAUGAGAGACAUGGCUCUCAGGGAUGACCUUCGACCAGCUCACUUACCUAAUGUGGCUGACUUGUACCCCUUUCCGGAGUUGGCAGUUAUUAUUUUGAAGUCUUUGUUGAAUACUCAACACGCUAUUCCGUAUUGCAUGCAACACUUGAUCGAUCCAGAGCCAGUACUUGAUUUAACAUUGCCUGUGUACAAGCUGGGGUUCGAUACACUGUACUUAUGUAUGGCAACCUACAGUGAUGCCAUACAAGUGGUGGAGGUUCCUGAGUACCCUUCUGUGCUAAUUCUAACUAUUUUCGCUGCGCUUGAGUCUUCCCUUAGAGCACCUUACCAUACUGUUGCAUUUGAUCCUGUGUCAUGCCCUCCUUGGGUUCCCUAUUUGACCAAUGUCUCAAUCCAUACCCGCAUGUUGACUUGGAAUGUGCGUGGCUUUACAAGGGAAUCAUUCAUUGCAAAUUUCAAUGUUGUGUAUCGUUAUUUUAAGCCCUCCUUGAUUGUCCUUCUAGAGACGAGGCAUUUCCUUGAAAAUGUUAACGAGGUUAUUAAUCGUCUACCUCGUAAUUUCAACGUUAUAACAUGUCCAACUUGCUCUCUUUCUGGUGGAUAUGUAGUGAUAUGGAAGGAGGAAGUGAUAAAGAUAGUCCAAAACCCUACAUUCCAAGGUGGUGAAGUUAUUAAUGUUCUUUUCCAGGGGGUGAAACAGAAGUCGAAGCUAGCAAAGGUCAGCAAGUCAAAACCAAAGUUCAUAUGUUGUGGAAGGUUCUAAUGAAUGAAACAUGGCAAUUAACUAUUAUUUGAUGCAUUUAAUGUUUUCCAUGUACUUAGUACUCUAGGAAGAAAAACUCUAGUCGGUUAUUAGAUGAAUUGUACUAGCUAGUUAGUUAUUAGAAAGUAUUCGGAAUAUGUUAUUCUCAUUGUCGUAUGUAAUAUUAAUGAUAUGGUAUUUUA